CUUAUCAUACCACUGUGCUUCGCCAUGAGGGAGCGUGGGACUGCUUCGCUCCGCAAUGUUCUGGUGCGUCCCAAGAUCAUGUGGGCCCCACUCGUCUCCGCUCCCGACCUUGCUCAAGUACCACACAUAAGGCAGGCCUCAGCUGCUUCUCCGAUCUCAGCAGAAUUCUGUUUGUUGUCUAUGAAUGCAAUGAUGUCUAAACCAAGAGAGUACCAAGAUAUCUUCCAUUGGGCAGAGACCCAGCAGGACGGAGCUGUAUCUUCCUUUGGAACCAGAAAGAAUGAUCCUUACGAGUACCAAUCAGGAUUCAAUAACAGUUUUGCGUCCGAAGCCGUACCUGGGACUCUGCCUCAAGGACAAAACAGUCCCAGAAAUGUUCGAUUUGGUUUGUACGCUGAGCAGAUGACGGCUUCUGCUUUUGUCGCGCCUAGACACCUGAACAAGAAAGCAUGGCUAUAUCGAGCAAGACCCUCAGUGGCUCACCAAGGCUUCGUGAGUAAAAUCUGCCGCUGCCAGGGCGCCUUGACUGACUCUUUAUCAGNNACAGACCUUCCAGACAACCUUGACACAGAGUCUAAUUUCCUCCCGAGUAAUCCAAGAGUCCACCUUUCCCCCACUCAGUUGGCCUGGCUUCCAUUCGAGAUACCAAGUGGCAAUGAUGUCGACUUUGUUGCAGGAUUGAAGACGAUCACUGGUUCUGGCGAUCCAACCCUGCGAGAGGGCAUCGCUACACAUGUCUACGCCGCGAACACAAACAUGAACAAGUCUGCUUUUGUGAACUCAGACGGCGACUAUCUCAUCUGUCCACAGCAAGGCGCUCUGGACAUCCAGACCGAAUUUGGCAUGCUUUUUGUUCAGCCUGGAGAAAUUGUCGUACUACAACGUGGUCAAAAGUUCAAGGUCAAUAUACCUGAUGGCCCAUCUCGUGGAUACAUUCUUGAGAUCUGGGGUGCCAACUUCGAGCUACCAGAGUUGGGUCCUCUUGGUGCCAAUGGAUUGGCCAACGCCAGAGACUUCUUGCAUCCCGUGGCCAAGUAUGAAAUCACACAAGAGCUUUGGUCUGUCACAUACAAGCUUGGCGGCAAGUUAUUCAGAAGUACUCAACAACACAGUCCCUUCGAUGUUGUGGCCUGGCAUGGCAAUUACGUACCAUACAAGUAUGAUCUGACCAAGUUUGUCAACGUCGGCUCUAUCUCUGUGGAUCACAUCGACCCCAGCAUCUUCUGCGUACUAACAGCUCGUUCUCGCGAUCCUGCUGCACCCCUGGCCGACUUCCUCAUCUUCUCGCCGAGGUGGGAUGUUGCAUCGCACACAUACCGCCCUCCAUAUUUUCACCGCAACGUUGCUUCGGAGUUUAUGGGUCUACUGUAUGGUGACUAUGGCGGUCGUUCGGAUGAGUUCCAGCCUGGCGGUGCCUCGUACGAGUGUGGCAUGGUUCCACACGGUGUCGCCUAUCAGGAGUUCAAAGCCGCCACCGAGAAUGAACCUCCUGUCAUGCAGAUCUCCAAGGGGGCUGUUGCAAUCAUGUUCGAGAGUUCGAGGCCGUUCACUAUUACCGACUUUGCAUGGAAUACCGACAAGAAGCAUGAACAUGAUCCCAAGAUGUGGGUUGAUCUUAUCGGUAUGUCUGAAGAGACUCUACUCUUGUGUUCGGACUCUGCUAAUCUCAUAAACUACANNGACAACUUCUCCAAACAUCAGGAAGAAGUCGAAAGACUAUUGGCGACCAAGAAACAGAACGGCGUCUGA